AUGGACAUGCUUCUAGAGUGCUCCAUAUUCAUCUUGGUCAGUGCUGAUAUGGGCAACUACUAUCAGCUCUCUGGGGUUCCUGUGCAUGAGAUGAAGUCGGAUGAACCUCAGAAGAGCAACAUCGCAAGAGUCAACGCGGAUAAGGAAGCGCCCACCAAACCUUCACAGCUCAAGAUUGAAAGCAAAAAGCCUGGUGCUAUUACAUUUGUGCGCAGUCGCAUGCUUUACGCGAAAGCAGCGCUCAAUGCGAAAGGUGGUGUGAGAUUUGGCAUGCGCCACAUUCUACAUGCCAUGCGGUAUAUCUUCCCGCGUCAGUUCGGGUUGCACAACGUCUUCACUUCCAAGGUGGAUCAUCGUGAGACAGCCAUGCCGUUCAAAGACUACACGCUGCGCGAGAAGGAUAUACAUACCGCCAUGUGCCGGGAGCUAGGCCCCAAAGCGACGGACGCCCAGGAGAUAGAUAAGUGGAAGCAGCGAAUACCAAAGAGACUCCGGGGUGACGCUGUUAAACUGGUGGACAAACUUCGGGUCCGCAACCAGCGGUGCUCGUAUAUGGAGAUGCUGCGCCACUACUGUCCAAUCGAGGGGGUACCCGUGUCAACGAAGCCAGAUUGGAGGAAGAGCGCACUUCAGCCGAAGGCAGAUGUACGAUCAGUCGCAGAUCCAGUCAAUCGUCGCAAGAAAGCGCGACCUACACCUGGAAAUCCCACCGUUCAAGAAACCUGUUUCACAGAUCUGGCGUGUCCAGCAGCACACGUAUCGGCCUUUUGCCGCGCAGUCAUAUCCAAAGUUAUACCGGAAGGAUUCUGGGGCAACGAGCAUAACCAGCGCACCCUCAUGUAUUGGGUGGACCAAUUCGUAGACAUGCGCAGAUUCGAAUCGCUUAAUCUACAUCAGGUUACACAGAACAUACAGAUCACGAACAUAGCUUGGUUGCGCCCACCCAGCCAAGACGACGACACCAAGGUAUCCAAGUCGGACAUAGACAAGCGUACGGAGAUAUUUAUCGAGUUCGUCUACUGGCUCUUCGACUCUUUCCUCGUUCCUCUGGUUCGCACAAACUUCCACGUAACGGAGUCCAACGCGCAUCGGAACAGACUUUUCUACUUCCGCCAUGAUAUCUGGCGGAUGUUAACAGAGCCUGCUUUGAAGGAACUACGGAUGAACAUGUUCGAGGAGAUGCCUACUGACAGUACGGAAAGACUGCUGUCCGCACGUCAGCUUGGUUUCAGUAACGUUCGUCUGCUACCUAAGAAACAGGGUUUCCGGACUAUCAUGAACCUCAAGAGAAGACAGCAGGUGAUGCGAUAUGGGACUAUGACUCUCGGACGAAGUAUCAACUCGGUGAUGACACCAGCUUUCAAUGCAAUUACUUAUGAGAAGUCGUUACGUCCCGAUAAAUUCGGCUGCUCACUUUUCUCCGUCGGAGAUAUGCUUCCCAAGCUUGCAUCUUUCAAAGCAUCGUUGCGACAGCGUGGGCUCGGCGACAUUCGGCUUUAUUUUGCUAAGGUUGAUGUUCAGGCUUGCUUCGACACUAUACCACAGUCACGCUUGCUGCGUAUGAUCGACAGUCUCAUGUCGAUCCAGGCUUACAACACCGGCAAACAUGUGGAGAUUUCACCCCUGGGUCCGCUACAGCGUCUCGGCGGUAAACAUGUGGACCCGAUGCCUCUCAAGAAGUACAUACCGCAUACUGAGGCAGCGACGAGAGUAACGCCUUUCCACCAACUCGUGCAAGAUAGAUUGGCGGGCACAAAGGCCAAUACCGUCUUUGUUAAUACCAACAUGCAGCGGCGCGAGACCAAGGAUGACUUGAUGCAGCUCUUACAGGAGCAUAUCGAGAGAAAUGUCGUUAAAAUCGGGAAGCGCUUCUAUCGCCAGAAGACUGGUAUACCACAGGGCUCAGUCUUAUCGAGCAUCUUGUGCAACUUCUUCUACGCUCAAUUGGAACGCGAUGUGCUUGGAUUUGUGCUUGAUGAAGAUUCAUUGCUUCUUCGUCUGCUUGACGAUUUCCUCUUGAUCAGUAUCAACGAAGAGUAUGCUCAGCGCUUCGUACGCGUUAUGCACAAAGGCCACCCGGAAUACGGCGUAGUGAUAAAGCCUUCAAAGUCGAUGGCAAACUUCGAUGUCACGACAGAAGAAGGAGACCGGAUAGCGACAAGCGGCUCAGAUGGUAAAUUCCCGUAUUGCGGCGUCUGUAUCGAUACGACGACGCUGGAAGUCAGCAAGAAAACAGAACGCCCUACAGAGACCGGUAUUGAGGACUCUUUGACUGUAGAUCUGACCAAAAUGCCUGGCCAAACGUUCCAUCGCAAAGCUCUGAAGUAA